AGACAAAAGCAGGGGGUGAGGGGAGGUGCAUGAGGGAGACACAGGAAACAAGAGAGAGAGAGACUCAACUUUUCCCCUGAGAGACUUUCUACAACAGACCGGUCAACAAGAUGAGGGCUGCACUGCCGCUGCUGCUGCUGUUAGUCACCCUCACUGUCUGUGCCGCCGGAGGGAAAAACAAGAAAGAGAAAAACAAACCCUCCCCGUCCGGGUCAGAAUGCGCCGACUGGCGCUAUGGCAACUGUGUCCCUAGCAACGGGGACUGCGGAGCGGGGUUUAGAGAGGGGUCAUGUGACCAGCAGACCAAGAAGAUGAAAUGUAAAGUACCAUGCAACUGGAAAAAGGACUUUGGAGCCGACUGCAAGUACCGCUUUGGCAGCUGGGGAGAGUGCGAUCCAGGUACUGACCUGCGGACCAGGACGGGGACCCUGAAGAAGGCUCUGUUCAACGCCGAGUGUCAGCAGACCAUCACCGUCUCCAAACCCUGCCCUGGGAAGACCAAGACAAAAAACAAAGGAAAGAAGAGAAAGGGCAAAGGAAACUAGAGACAGAGAGGAAUCUCGGGGGACAAACAUGAGAAACAAACAGAGAUGAAACAAUAUCUGUUUGAAACAACUGUUUUUCUGAUGGUGCGGUGCCCAAACACUUAUAGAUUCACAGCCACGCCUCCAUUCACACAUUUCAAAGUCUUAUUCCGGCUUCCUAAACCAGAGAAAAAAAACUGUGCAACAGUAUUUUGAAAGUUGUUCUCAGUCAAGUGUUCGAUCUCUGCCAAAUCUUUCGUAGAAUAAAUCCAUCUGGGCGUCCAUACUUGGAUAAGGAGCAAUUUCAACUCCCAUGUUGUUGUUUUUUUGGGACUGAAUCAUGUUCUUAAUCUGGGCUGUGUCGGUUUUAUCCACACGAGGACUGUUUACUUUGUGCUCAAUGCUUUCAGCUGAGUCUGGCUCCGUACGUUCAGCCAAGAAUCUCUUAUUAGUCCUAAUGUAGAUGUAGCUCUGUUUGCAUUUAGAGGAGUAGUUUUAGGAUUUUGCUUUGUGAUCACAGAAGCUUGUAGUUUUUCUUUCACUACGUAGACGGUUUGAUACUGUAGAAUCAUUUCUCUUUUUCUUUUGGUUAUUAAAAUUUGAGAACAGUCUGA